AUGCCCCUGCCAGCGCUGCUCUCUUCCAGCGAUAGAUCGUCUUCCUUCGGCUCGUCCUCCAGUAAGGCGCGCUCUGUCCCGGCCGUCGACGGCGACAUCCCACCUGAGUACAUCCACGACGAGGCCCAGCUGCCAUGCAUCCCGCCCGAACGACCGGACCUGCGCGAGCUCAACUGCGGCCUCGAGGCCCUGGCGGCUGUGUUCCCUGAUAUCCAGAUCGAGGUCUUUCGGGAGCUGCUAGGCAACUUUGACGGCGAAUCCAGGCUCGCCCUGGUAGCCGAUGCUCUGCUGAAGAACCGGGCAGUAUGGGUCAAGGGCAGGUGGAAAGAGGAAGCAGAUGUUGAUGGCCCCGGCAAUCGGCUGGUGCCGAGAGCAGAAAUAUUCCGAAGCAACGAGUACAAGAAGGCGGUCCAAGCGCUUGCGUGGCAGGAGUUUAAAGGCCUGUCCAAGUCGACCAUCAAUGCGGUCCUUGCUGAGUCCAACUACUCCUACCUAGACGCUCGAAGGACCCUUGUGACGCUGUCAUCUAAAUCAUGGCGCUUCACCAUCUCGUCUAUCUUCAUGAGACGGAAGCCUGUGGCGACGGGCGAGGCAGACAACCAUCCUCUUGUCCGCUGGCGCACGACUGGCCAUGGCUCUAGUAUACCUACGGUACGGUCUACGGGCAAUGCCGAGCUUGAUCGAGAGCUAUACGAUGCGCUCAUCCGCCCACUGAAAGAAAAGGAUAGAGAAGAGCGGGAGAUUAAAGACCGCGCGGCCGCUGUGCUGCUAAACAACGAGGAAGCCGAAGAGGCGGGCGCCAUUCACGAGUGCACGUGCUGCUUCACCACGGGCCCCUUUGAAGAGUUUACGCACUGCAACAAGGACGCACACAUGAUUUGCUUCCGCUGCGUCCAGCACUCCAUCAAGGAGGCCGUCUUUGGGCAGGGCUGGCUGAGCAGCAUCAUCCCCGAGACGGGAACACUGAGGUGCAUGGCCGUCGACCGCGAUCAAUGCCCUGGCUAUGUCUCAUAUGAACAUAUGCGUAGGGCCAUGCUGGAAGAGAAGAAGGGUGCCGAGAUUCUACAUCAACUAGACCAACGGCUUGCAGAGCACGCUUUGCUUGCCGCAAAACUACCACUGGUGCACUGUCCGUUUUGCAACUAUGCAGAGAUUGACGAUAUAUACUUGCCGCAUCAAAGGUCAAAGAUGCGGAUUCGGGUUGCCGGCGUUCUUCAUUUGAUGUUUCUCUUCUUUUGCUUCGUCUGCGUCGUCCUCAUCCUUCCCCUGGCUGCGAUAUCUCUUCUUACUGCUUUGGCGUUCACCUCUUGGACGACUUUUUGGAAGCAAAUAUCGUCGGAAUGGAAGCUCGCCGUCGCCAGACAUUCUCGCCGCCGACGUGGUCUCCAGUUUUCUUGCCAGAAUCCAGAGUGUGGCCGAGUAUCCUGCCUCUCAUGCAGCAAGGUCUGGACAGAUAUACAUGUCUGCAACGAGUCAUCGCUAGUUGCGCUGCGAACCCAGGUCGAGCAGGCCAUGAGCAUGGCAAUCAAACGAGUCUGUCCUCGGUGCAACACGUCGUUUGUCAAGAAUGCGGGCUGCAACAAACUCACCUGUCCCUGCGGAUACAAGAUGUGUUAUGUUUGCCGUGCCGACCUCACUGAAGAAGGAUACCGGCACUUUUGCGACCACUUCCGGCCCGACGGCGAUCCAAGACCAUGCCUCGAGUGUGAGAGGUGCAACUUGUGGGAGUCGGAGAAUGUCGACCAAGUACUGCAGGAAGCCCGUGAAGAAGCAGAGAGAAAGUGGAAAGACACGGAGAAGAGGGACCUGUCCGGGCCGGAGAAGGCGUUUCUGGAGACGGGCAUCGCGGCACGUGCUACGGGCAUGGGCAGCGUGGAGCAGAUCCUGGUGGCGGGACGGUUGCCUUCCCUGGGGGAGGUUUUGGACAUUGUGGUUGAGACGAUCCUCGUGUGA